AUGAUGGGGUCCCACGUGGGAUUGUCUGGGGGCAGCUGGCUCAUGCCCAGGGGAGUGCUGGGGGUGGCCUGGCAUUGCCCACCCCUCUGUACCGUCCCAUCCUCAUGGGAUCUGCCCCAGCCCUGCCAGCAGGGCUGGGGGGAACCAAGCAGAGUGGGGACUUCUCCACCCCAUCACCCUUCUGUUCUUCCGCCUGUGCACCCACCCGCCCACCUGUCUGUCUCUCCCUCCAUCCACCUGCCUACCCUGGGGGUGGUCCCCAGUCCUGGGCACAGGAACAUGCCUGUCCUUUGCCACUGUGGUCCCGGAGGUGGUGUGCACUGGGUGCUGUGGGGUGCGGUGCCUGAGCCAGGGGUGUGUUACCACCUCCCAGGGGUGACAGGAGCCACGUUGCCAUGGUGCUUGGUGCCAUUUUGUCGUCUUGGGGCCAAUAAAGGCGCCCGUUGUCCUGGGUAGAGUGCAGGCAUGAUAGCAGCAGGGGACAGAAGCUCACCUUCAGGAGUAGGAUUCAGACGUGCCCCAGCCCUCCACCCAAAAAUGCCAAAGCCCUUGCAGCCCCUCUCGCUCCUGGUCCUGCUCGUCCUCGCUGCCACCGCCCAGGGACAAGCUGGCACGGGCCCCAAGGUGCUGCAGCCGUGGCUCAUUGGCCUCACCGCCGUCGUCGUCUUCCUCUUCAUUGUCUUUGUGAUGCUGCUCAUUAACCGGUUCUGGAAUCUCAGGAGGCACAGGAAGGAGAACGACUACCCGGAGACCCUGGCGACUGACAGGCUGGGGCGCUCCGGCCACGUCAACCCGGCGGCUGAGAACUGGGAUGAGCAGAGCGAAGACAAGCAGGAGAGCAAGGCCACGUCCCUCUGAGUGUCCCCCGCGCCCUCUGCCCGCUCCGGAACACCUCUGGCGGGCGCCGCACCCUCACCCCGUCCGCGGGGCGGGAAUCCGCGCCGGGUUUCGGCGACAGCCGUGGCCACCGUGGCACCUCUCGCCCCGCGGCCGUCCCGGCUGUGAGCAAGACCCGGCGCGGAUCACCCGCUCGCCGGAGCGGAGCGGGGAGGGUGGGGGCCGGGGAUGGCAGCGGGGCCUUCCCGUGUCCCCCAGCCCUGGGCCAGGGAGGGGUCCUGGCCCGGGGGGACGAGGACAGCCCCAGUAAAGGCUUCCCCAGCCUAGCCCGGCGUCCAGCGUCUUGUGUCACCGUGCUGGAGAGGGGGCUGUCCGGCACCCCCGGGGCCGCUAGGACAGGGGACAUGGCAAGUUCCAAGCUGCCAUGCCUCAGCGACCUCGGCAGGGCAGAGCCGGUGUCCAGCCACAUCACUGCCCGAUCGCCCCGGACCGAGGGGUGGGCACCGAGGGGACACGGGGGGCUGGGGAGCACCGAGGGGUGGGGGGGCCUCACCUCCAUGGCUAUCCUGAGCAGUGCUUGGGGACAGGGACCGUGGGCACCGCGGGGGUGAAGCGCAGCUUCGGCCAACGCUGACCUACGGGUUAUGACAGUGACGUCACACCGCCAGGCGAUGACGUCACGCGCACCAGGUGGUGACGUGCCAUGGCCAAGGUCUGGAAACAGAGGACGUGGCAGCAGCUCCGAACCCUCACGUGAACCACGUCUGCCCCCACCCGUGUCCUGUCGCCACAUGUCCCCUCCCUGUCGCCCCGGGCCCUGCGGGGGUCCCAGCUCUCCCACCCUCCUCAUCCGGGCCAAGAGCUGUCAUGGGUGGGGGGCCUCCUCUGGGGUGAUGGGUGCCCCCGGCCUGGCAGGACUCUGCUCUCCCCGGUGCCCCCCAGUGCCCUCCUCCUCCGCUGAGACACCCGUGUUCUCCCCGGUUGGGCGCCAUGCCUCAGUUUCCCCCGGGGCAGCGAAGGAAGGGCGGAGGCGAGCUGGAGUUGAAGCAUAGCUUGUUUAAUUUUUAUACUUUUUUUUUUUGUCUUUUUUUUUUCUUUUCAUUUUUAUCUUUUUUUGUGUGUCGGUUUUUUCUUUUUUGUUUUUUUCUUCUUUUUUGUCUCUUUUUUCUCUUUUUUGCAUAGGGGAGGGGGGGGAACAACAACAACAAAAAAAAAAAACAACGGGAAAAAAAAACAACAAAAGAAACAAAACAAACGAACAGAAACCAAAACAAAAAACCAAAAAUCCGUAUCAGGGUCAGUAAGUGUAUGUAGGCAGGAGCGCUAUGGGUAAUGGCUGCGUACAAUGGUAUAAUCAAAUAUCGUGAAGCACCAGGGGGGCGGGCGGGGGCUCGGGGGGUCAUGCGGGGCCAGGGGGCGCGGGGGGGGCAGGCGGGGGGGCCCGGCCCCGGCUCGCGGCCCUGGUGCGCUGGCGGUGUGUAUCGGCUGCGGCAAAGCGAAAGCGAGAGUCCGGCGAACGAGUAAAAUAUAACUGCGGGAGGGGGCAGCCCCGGCCCCCCGGGGGGAGCGGGGACCCCCCGAAAAGGCGGGCGGGGCAGCCGGCGGCGCGGAGGCACUGCGGCGGGAUUUUUGGUUUGGGUAAGAGGCGCGGUCCGGCCGGCUGCCGCCUCGGCGCCUUUUUGGGGCGGUUUGUCUCCUUUUGCCGCUCUUUGCCCAGGGGUGGGAUUUCCCCCCACCCCGGCUCCACCUCCCGCCUGCCCCCGGGCAUCGCACGGGCCGCCCAGCGGGGCACGGGGGUGCCUAGAGCGGCACCCAUGGGCCGGGGCACCCGUGGGCAUCGCUUGGGGCACCCAGCGGGGCAUUCAGGGGUACUGCUAGAGGCACCUGUGAGCACCACUGGGGGCACCCAGAGAGGCCCUCGAGGGCAUCACCUGGGGCGCCCAAGGGACACCCAGAGGGACCCCCAUGGGCACCCACAGGGGUACCCGGUGGGGCACUCCCGAGGGGGGCAGAAAGCAGCAAAUUCCAAACUCUGAGUACAAAAAUAAACAAACAAAAUAAACAAACAAAAACAAGAAAAAAACCAAAACAAAAGCCCAAACCCCAAGAAACAAGACAUAUAUAUAUACAUAUAUAUAUGUAUAUAUAUAUGAGAUUUUAUAUAUAUAUAUAUAUUCCUUUGCGAUUUAAAGUACCUUAACUGUGUGGGGGCCCGCGCCCCCCCCCCCCCGGACCUGCAGCCCCAUAUAUAUAUACGUGGAGAUAUAUAUAUAUAUAUAUAUAUGUACAGGUUAUUUGUUUUAUUUAUAGGUCACAAAGACUAUUUUUAAUUAAUUUUUUAAGCCGACGAGCCCGACUAAAAACCCUCUAGGAGAGACUGUAGUGCAUGAAACCCCCGCGGUGAUUGUCGAGCGGAGUCCCCUCGUAUCCCCAUCCUGCGGGGGACCCCCCCCGAAACUUCCCCAGGCAUGGGGUGUCCUCCACCCCGGCUUUGCGCUCACCCCGACCGUGGCCAUCGAGGCCGCCAGAAGGUAAAAAAAAGAAGGGAGAAUGGUUAAAAAAAAUUAGAAAUAAUAAAAAUGAGUGGUGCCCCCCCCCCGGGGAGGGACCAGGGGGUGUUGCAUAUUCCCUUUGGGCAGAGCCGGGGGUGGGGCCCCGGGGAGUGUCGGGGGAGCAGUGCAAAGACCCCGGGGGCACGGGGGGCUCCCCGGCCCCGCAAGGGGAAGCCCCCGGCACGCUCCCCCCAGUGCCGCCCUACGGGCUGGGGGGCGUCGAGUUGAUACUUUUUUGCUUUUUAUUAAUUUGGUUUAAGGUGCUUUUCUUGCCGAGGGCGGGUUUUGGGGGGCUGCGGCCGCAGCCCGGCCGGACUUGGUGCCGGCCCGAGGGUGAGGAGGCAGCAAAAGGGGGCAGGGGACGGUCCCGGAGGUGUCCCCGCGGGGGCAGGGGGUGCCGGGCCUUCCUCGGGGCGGGGGGGGGCUCAGGCCCGAGGGGCGCCAGCGCCCCUCGCCUCCCCGGGGCUGGCCGAAGGGGCUGCCCCAGUGCCCCCGCUCCUUCCCUCCACUGCCACUGUCACCGUUUAAAAAUGCUUUUUUUAUUUUAAUGAUUUUUGCUUUGAGCUGAGCCUUUUCCAGCCUUACUACCCCCCCCUUUUUUUUUUAUUUUCUAUUUUUAAAAAAAAUCUCUCUUUUUUAUUUUUUAAUUUUGUCUUUUCUUCCCCCCUCCUUUUUUUUUUUUUUUUUUUUUUUUUUUUUAUUCUAUUUUUCAUUUCUCCCCCCAGCCGGACACCGCCCCCGUUCCCUCCUUGCAUUGUCUUUGCAGAAAUCAAUACUGCACCUUGCAUAAAGAAGCGUCUCCCAGGGCUCCUCCCAAGGGUCUGGGACCCUCAAAUCAGCCUGAACUGUGGGCGAAACCCGGCGGGACGCGAGCAUCCCGUCACUCCCCCACUAAUACUUUUGGACACCAAAAAACCCCCAAACAAACAAACAUAACAAAAAACAAACCACACAAAAAAAAAUCAAAACAAAUAAAAAACCAAACAAAAAACCACCAGAAGACCCAAAAAACCAACCAAACCAAAAAUUAAAGAUUGUUGACGACGACGUUUCUUUAUGCCCGACCAGCAGCGCUGCCGGUGCCACCCGCCCGGUGUCACAACCCACGUCAGUACUCAGCCUCAGGAGGUUGGGGGGGGUCUCUCCAGCCGGCGGAACGCUGGGGUUUUAAGGCAAAUUCUGGGGUUUUAGGGGGUGUCGGGCCCCUGCUCGGUAGCGGGCGCAGCAGCGAGAGGCGGAAAGAAGGCACCUCCUGCCAGUCCCUGCUGCGCCAGCCGGGUCCCCGCGGGUGAAGCCGGUGGGGUGGAGGUGGGGGGAGGCUGUGACCCCCAGACACCAGCCCGGGGGGGUCACAGCUACAUUCACACGGUUCCAUUCCUGUCACGAGAGCAGCUGGGCUCAGCCCUCCCGGCCCCCCAUUGAAAACCAAUUUAAAAGUGGGGGUCCCCUAAGGGGGAGGGGCGGGACCCUGUGGCCCUCCCUUAAGGAUCAGCCCUGCAGGGUCCGUGCCUGCUCCUCCCCGCACGGACCCCGCCACAGCCCGGUCAGUCUCGCCGCGCCGGACACCGGGUCCCCCCCGAGCCUUCGGGGGGAUCUCUGGCCCGGGGGUCCCUGCCGCCUCCCGCCUCGCUGCCUUUGGUUGCUGAAAGCAGAAAAAAAACCAAAAACCAAAAAACAAAUCAAAAGCCCCCAAAAGGGAAAGAAAACAAACAAAAGAGAGGCAAAGCAAAGGGGUGGCCGCCCCCCCGGCCGGCCCCCCCAACAGCUAUUGCAUAUUCCGGUGUGUUGGCGCAGAGGAUGCAUCGGUAUUACCAACUGGAAGACGUUUCUGAGGGGGAAAAUCGGUUUGAAAAGAAGAAUAGAGAGAAAAAGGGACUUUUCCGGCCGAGAAGAAGCCAUGCAGGAGGCGAGGGGGGGGCAGCGGCCCCCGGCCCCCCCGGCCCCCCGGGAGCCCCGGGCAUGCAGCGACUCCCUCGCACUGAUAUCGGGUCCAGUAAUACUUAGGCUUCGAAGGCAAGGCACAUCAUGUGGUAUAAAAUUUCGUGCAAAUUAGGAAAACAUGGAUUUUUUUUUUUCUUGUGUGUUUUUUACGGCUUUUUUUAUACAGACUUUUUUUGGGUUUUUUUUCUCCUUUUUUUUUUUCUUUUUUUUUUUUUUUUUUCUUUUUUGUCUUUUGCUGAAGGGGAAGGUAGAGCCGGUUAAUAAGAGUCUGCCAUGCACAGCAUCAGCCAGCCGCGGCUGGGUUGAGCCAGGUCACCAGAUCCUGUUAAAGCACCAUGCAGUUUAUUUGUCUUUUUUUUUUUUUUUUUUUUUUUUUGUCUUUUUGUCUUUUUUUUCCAUGUGUUUCUUUUCUCAGAUCUUUUUUUUUUAAAAAAAACAAGUUUCCCUCUCCGCCGAGCACUUUUUUUUGUUGUGUUUUCCUUUUUCUUUUUUCUUUUUCUUUUUUUUUUUUUUUGGUGGGUUUUCUCCUUUUCUUGUCCUUUUUGAUUAUUUUUCUGUCUCCCGGGAUUUCCUGCGUCAGCCCUUUCCCUGGUGCCUCGUUGUGCCGACCCGGGGGGUGGGAAGCGGGGGGAAGCGGGGGGAAGCAGGGGCCACUGGGAUGGGGGAUGCGAUGCCGGUGGUCCUCGGGGCGCACUGGGUGCCAGGGGAGGGGGCCAGGCGGGGUGGCGACGGUGGCCUUGGUGACAUUCCCAGCUCCUGGACAUCCCACGGUGGCUUCUCUCCAUCAUCACCCUUCGGGCGUCCCCUGAGGCAGACAUCCUUUGGGGAUCAGUCUCCUCGUCUCGCUGGGGACAACGGGCACUUCGUCCUCUUCCUCCUCCUCGCCUCGGCCGUAGCGGGAGUCCCUCUGCUCUAAGGCACUGCCACGUCCCUGCGUCCCCUUCCCGGCCACGCUGUCACCGCACGGGACGGGGACGGCCGAGCGCUUCCUCCCGCGCUGCCCCCGGCCGGGGGCUCCUCCGGGAAGGCCGGGACCCCUCCCCGCCGCAGUUCAGGCACUUGACACGGGGUCAGGGGCUGCCGGGGACACCGGGGGACUUCGAGGGGCUCCGGGGGGCUGGUUCUAGCCUCGCCGUCGCUCGGGCUUCUUUGUUCCAUCCUUCUGUAUGCAAAAACAAACAAACAAAAAACCAAAAAACCAAAAAAAAAACCA